CGCUUUCCAUCCUUCCUUCUUUCCUUCCUGUUGUCCCCUGGCAGCCAUGGAGUUUCCCAUCCCGGCGGGCUCUCCUCGGGAGAAGGAGGAGAAGGAGGGCGCUGGGCCCGGGAGGGAAGCCCUUCCUCAAGAUUGGGUUGCGUUGAGAUACUCGACCCCGUUUUUCUCUUUUUUCCGAGCCGUCUCGUUCUUGAGAUCGUCCCUUUCCUUCCAGACUGUGAGUGCAUCCUCACCUCCUAUGCCCCAGGCCCACGUGAGGCAAGAAAAUGAGACACUGAAUGAGGAGAAUCUGCAGCCAAAUGAACAACCCCAAGAGGAUGAGUUUGACAUACAAAAAGGUUUCACCAUCCAGGUCCGUGUCACUGGGCGGACUGGCGGCUGUGAGAAGGACUUCCUAAAGGAGAUUGCUGACCACCUUUGGAAGCAUGAGAUCUGCCUCCAGACGGAGGACUACCGAGAGGACUCCAGCCACUUCCUGCUGAUCUUCUGCCCGGUGGCUACCUCAGUGGGCAGCGACAUAGCCAACGCUCUCGAGGGUCUCAGCAGUGAGCCGAAGGCUGUCUUGGUGCUGCUGCACCACAAAGUGAGGGAGAGCACCUCCUUUAUAGAUACCAAGGAGCAAGCGCAACACCCGGCCGUCGUGCGCACCGUCCAUGCUCGCUACUUGCUUGAUGAUGGCUUCUAUGCUUGCCAGAUGAAUGAGGAGGCCGUGGCCCAGGUGGCAGAAGCCCUCAAAGACCACUGGGAAGAUUCUUAAAAUAGUGAAAAUAUUACUCUGGCUUUUACCAUUCAUGGCUUGAAAUGGAUGGCGGAGGAUUGUGGCUUCGAUGCUGGUGGUCUCGGCUUCUUCUUCUGAUGGUGGGCAACGGAGAGCCCCCUGUCUUCAAGCUGAUCUGACCUGCAGCUGGGAGUUCUGCAGUUCCUGGGAAUGUGGCCACAGCAGCAGCUUCAACUCAAAGACCUCCUUUUGUCUUGCUUUGUCUUGCUUUCUUCCCCUUACCCUAACAUUGUAACAAAUUCCCCAAUAAAGUAUCAUCAAUUUGUAA